AAUAAAAUAAAAAUGAAGAUGCUUAAAAGCUGAUUGAUAAUAUGUUAAUACAAAUUUAGAAAAAUUAAAAUGUUGCUGCUCAAUGUGGUGGAAUUAUUUAAGAUUUGUAAUAAGCCAAACAAGCAUCAGAAAGAUAAUCAUAUGAUUUAUUUGGUCAAAAAUUAAUGUGUUAAAUGGUUAGUAACAAUUAUCAACAAUAAGGAGUGAAUUCUAUAUUUUCUGCAUCAGGAGUACAAAUGCAACAACCUACUGCAGCUUAAUACUAAAAUUGUUAAUAAUAAAGCAUGAUGUUUUAGGUAUAAAGAUAGAAACCUCCUUAUAAAUAUUAAUGA